AUGGCUUCAAUCGCAUUGUUCGUGCAGGUACAUAGCCUGGCUCAGACACACUGGGUGGCCUUGGUCUUCGGGCUCCUCCUGGCCAGACUGCUGUUCAACAAAUAUGGGCGAAAGUUGAACUCGAUUCCAGGACCCUUUCUCGCUGGCUUCAGCGACCUCUGGCGGUUCUUCGAUGCGUGUUGUGCCACGCCUCAUGAAACUCAUAUCCGGCUGCAUCGGGAGACAAACUCGCAUUUCGUGCGAGUAGGACCACGAACCAUCUCGAUUUCCGACCCGACGCUGAUACCGACCAUCUAUGGAAUCAAUUCAGGAUUCACCAAGACGGAGUUCUACACCAUCGCCAUGCUGCCCUUUGAAGGAAAGGUUACGCCUGCCCUGUUCACGGCUCGAGACGAGCACAAUCAUGCUCUAUACAAGAAGCCCAUUGCACACGCCUACAGCAUGUCGACCAUGGUGGAAUACGAGCCGCUGGUGGACUCGACUGCAUCUUUGUUCAUGUCGAAGUUGGACGAAUUUGCCGCCAUAGGAGCCAUAUUGGAUUUUGGGGUCUGGCUCCAGCGGUAUGCCUUCGAUGUCAUUGGCGAAGUCCAAUUCAGUCAGAAGCUAGGCUUCCUGGCCUCGGGGACAGAUAUCCAAGGGAUCAUGGCGGAUAUCCGAUCGAAGAUCGGAUAUCUCGGUCGUGUGGGCCAAAUCCCAAUCGUCGACAAGAUUUUGACGAAGAAUCCGCUCUUCCUCAAAAUGGUCCCUACGCAUCCCAUCGUCACCUUCACCUUGAACAGAAUGAAAGAAAGGGGUUCCGUGAAGACAACUGGAACCACUGCAAAACGCGACUUCCUUGCAAGGUGUUUCGAGGCUCAAACCAAGUUCCCUGACAUAGUCACAGACAGGAUGAUAUUGAUGUACAACAGUGAUAACGUUGGUGCGGGGAGUGACACCACCGGGAUCUCGUUGCGAGCGAUCUUUUAUUAUCUGCUAAAGUCGCCGGCCAGCAUGCAAAGGCUCGUCGACGAGAUUGACAGUGCAGCUAAUAACGGUCUGCUCAGCGAAUUCGUCACAUGGCAAGAAUCCACCAGGUUGCCCUACCUCCAAGCAUGUAUCAAAGAAGGUCUUCGCAUGCACCCGGCCGUAGGGUCAAUCCUCGAGCGGUACGUGCCGAAGGAUGGGAUCUCGCUGGCGGGUCACUAUUUCCCCGAAGGAACCAUCGUUGGUAUCAAUCCUUGGGUCACAGCACGGGACAAAGAAGUAUACGGAACAGAUGCAGAUUUCUUUCGUCCGGAGAGAUGGCUUGACGCGUCAGAAGAGCAAUUGCUGGCCAUGGAGAGAGCCAAUCUUGUGUUCGGUCAUGGCAAUCGAGCUUGCAUUGGCAAAAGCAUCUCGUUGCUAGAGAUUGGCAAGCUUGUUCCUCAGUUGCUGCGGCACUAUAAGAUCUCUUUUGCACGCCCAGACCUGGAGUGGAAGAUUUCAGGAGGCUGGUUUGUGUGGCAGGAUGGAUUCUACGUCCUUAUUAGUCGUCGCACGGACAGGCCUUCAGCAUAG